GAAAUUGGAUGCGAGAAGAGAACGCGCUCAGCUUUCAAUCAGUUUUAUUUGAGUGCGCGCCAAUUAAGCCGCGCUCGAAAUUGACUGGCAAUUAAAGCCUUGCAACUUUGACCUGACGAGGAAUCAAAAUCAUUGUUAUAGCUGUGCUAGCUCCAUCUGAUGAAACAUUUUCGGCGCAAUCUAAUCUCGACAUCGGCAUAUUGAUCGUAAAUUAAUUGGUAAAUCCAGCUAUAACUCUUGAGUAUUUUUACACACCGUUAUGUCUGGAGCUAACAAUGUUAGCCAAUCCGGUGCAGUAUACGCUGUGCUCUCAACGCCAAACCACGCCGGAGCGGAACGCCACGAUUUCGACAGAUGCGCCACAGACGAGCCAAGCGAGCUAAGUGCAUUCUUCAACUGGCGAUCCAUUAACAAGAAGAUGGAGCAUAAAACCGGCGGCGUCUUCAAGAAUCGCAAUCUGAUCGUCGAUCUGCUGGCCAUAUGCUUUGGUAUAGGCACGUGGCUGGGCGUGAAUGGCACCUUUAUACAGCUGCCCCUGCUGGUUAAUGAGGCGCCCGAGGGCUGGAGUCUGCCAUCCUAUCUGAGCGUGAUGGUGCAAAUAGGAAAUUUGGGACCACUGCUCUACACUGUCUAUCAAAAGUACUCACCCUGGAAGCUCAACGAUGGCUUCACCAUACAUGCAGUCCUGGCAAUCGGCACAAUGUCCUGUCUGUUAACCGCGUUUUUCUACAACCGGACGGCGUCGCUGGCGGGCAGUGAGCACAGCGUAGCGCUUUUCAUACUCACCAUCUUUACCGCGCUCAAUGCUUGCACAAGCUCAGUGCUCUUUAUGCCCUACAUGGGACGCUUCAAGGAACAAUACAUAGUCACCUAUUUCAUCGGCGAGGGUCUCAGCGGCCUGCUACCUAGCGUCACGGCUUUGGUGCAGGGCAUUGGUGACACCGGUCGCUGUGUGCUUGUGAAUGAGACUGAGUCGGGCGAGGCGAUAUACGAGAAACAAACAGAACCGCCUUUGUUUGACACAAGGGUAUUCUUUUUAAUAUUAUUUGGCCUGAUGGUACUCAGCUACAUUGGCUACACGCUGCUCAAUCAUCUGUCACUGGCGAAGAGCGAAUAUGCCCAGGUUACUGUCAGCAAGGGCAACAAGUAUGAGUAUGGCCAGGAUGAUAAUCAACCGCAGCUGCAACAGCUCACCCGUGGACAGUAUAAUGGCUUGCUGCUGCUUAUAGGUACCAUCUCUCUCUUCAGCAACGGCAUGUUCCCCAGCAUACAAUCAUAUUCGAGUGCGCCGUAUGGAACGCGCGCUUAUCACCUGUCGGCAACGCUGAGUGUUAUUGCAAAUCCAGUGGCCUGUUUUAUGGCUAUGUUCCUAUAUUUUACAUCGCUGCGCAUCAUAUAUGUACUCUCGACUCUGGCAGCGCUUCUCACCAGCUAUGUAUUUAUCACCGCUAUACUAAGUCCAUAUCCACCGCUCUACGAUCAAACAGCUGGCGCCGUGCUAGUGGUAGCUGCGUGGACUUUGCUUGUCGGAAUCGUCAGCUACACCAAGCUGGGUAUUACGACUGUAAUGCGUGCCCAGGGCGGCCAGUCGUUGGUCUGGGUGGGCGCUAUUACCCAACUGGGCUCGGCAAUUGGUGCUAUCUCCAUAUUCUUUGCCAUUAACUAUACGCGUUUCUUUCAGUCCGCAGAGUCGGAAUGCUGAGCAGCCCGAUUUAAUAUCCUCAACUAGAUGAUUUUAACAUAGUUUAGUGAAUAUAUAGAUAUUUUAUUUUUUACUUGCGCCUUGUCAUAACAAUAGAAUAUUUAAAACACAUACCAUGUUAGGCAUAGCUCAUUAUUGGGUAUGAUAUACGUGUAUAAUAUACUUAAACCAUAAAUAUGGAUCAA